AACAAUAGCAACAGCCAAGUGCUGACAGUUAUCCACGACAUACUUGUGUGCAUACUUGUAUUGGAAAACGGGGUGUGUUGUGUGCACUGUGCAGUUCGAUCACAGAAAACAUGUUUGUUCUGGCUAAUCGCCUCCCCUUUGUCGGACGUGUAGCCACAAAGGCUGCAUGUGCCUACUCCUUGCGCUCUACGUCGGCGGUCCCGCAGUUCACUCAGCUCAAGUACAAGAGCACCACGAGUUUUGCCAACGAGGGCGAACUAAACAAGUGGACCAAUGAUUUCCUGAAGGCUGUGGAGGAUGUGCCCACAGCCACUGACCCGUAUCAGAGUUCCAAUGUUCUGCGUAAGCUGGUGAAGACCGGCUUGCUAAGGUUUACGGACAUGCGCGACGCGCCCGAGAAGUUCUUUAUGGCUCAUCGCAUGCUGGCUACCAUUGGCCUAGGGGGAUUCGGCAUUCGCUUCACAGUGCAAUUCAACCUGUUCACCGGCAGCAUUGUGGGUCUAGCCGGGCCUGAGCAGCUACCUAUGCUUGAUCAAAUCCAGAAGAAGGGACAGUUGGGAUGUUUCCUACUGACUGAGAACCAGGCGGGUGUGCUAUCCGGGCUGAUUGUCGGGACGACAGCCGACUGGGAUAGCAAGACACAGGUAUAUA